GCCGUGGCCAUUUCUUAGUUUGGUGAAAAACAUUGUCGUAAACAGACUAAGUAUUUGCAAAAAUGUGAUAAUUCCGAAAAAAAACAUCGAAUUUUUCGACAGGCCGAGCUCCAACAAUGAAUUAUUCACGGCAAUGGCGAUAUAAGAUGUUUCUUGGAUUGAUGAUUCUUUACAUGGCAUCGGCUUGUAUAGUGGCCUUAACUUUGUUAUGGACCACAGUGGCACAGUACAGAAUUAAAAAUCUAAAUGAUAUUUCCGAGAAUCAAUACCUAGUCCCAAUCUGUGCUCCAAGCAAAUCGGAUACAGACACAGAUCCACACAUGAAUUGUCAUUUGCUUGACAGUUUAAUAUAUGAAAAAUUUAUUGCCAAUGGUUGGACAAAAAUAGUCUACAGUGCCAAGGUGGAUAGUCAAUCAAUAGCUAUCAAAACAGUCAAUUUAAAAGGAAAAGAUGUCACUGAUUGUGCCAAAACCAAUUCUGUGCUUGCGUGCCAUAACAAAGCAGUUGAAAAAUUAGUCAGAGAAAUUAGUCUUUUAAAACAGCUGAAGCAUGCAACCAUAAUUCAGCUCAAACAUUAUUGUACUAAGACAGCAGAAGAGAGCCCUUGCAUGAAAUAUGCAGUCAUUGCUACUGAAAUUGGUGAACCAUUGACCAAUCUAAAACUUCUGCAAAUGACAUGGAAUCAACGAAGACAAAUCAUUGUAGAUCUUGCCACUUUGGUUAACUAUGCCCAGCAAAGCCCCAUUGGUGUUUUGGGCUUACCCGAUUUAAGAAGACCACAAUUUGUGUUAGUGAAUGGCCAUAUAAAACUGACUGAUCUCGACGAUAUCAUCGUCGGGGAGCCUAGUUGUGCAACUAAUAAUGAUUGCUCAAACUUCAACAUUACCAUCAAGUGUAUUUCAAGUCGAUGUGAAGGAUACAACUCAAAAUUAAAUAUUCAGAAGUCUUUCCAGGAAUUUGGACCAUACAUUUUUCUAAUGGAAGGUGUCCCUAGAGAGAAGCGAAUGAACCUUGAUAGGCUCCGUCAGUUGUGGCAGCAGAACAACGUGACUACAGAGCAGUUGCUGUCAGAUGCCAAAUUGCUAUGAAACCUUUCACUUUUUCCCUUUGCCAGGUUUCACUAUUGACGUUCUGUGUACAAAAAUAUUUUUAACACUAGUUAUGUUAUAUUAACUGACGUCAAAACUUACGGUGCCAUUUUCCCGCUAAGAACCACGUAUGGGCUUUGCAAUUCUUUCUGCUUGUCCUGCAAUUUUUUUAACGUGUUUAAUGGUGUAUCUGUCGACGACAUUCGGUUCAUUAACUGUAAAACAAGAAAAACUGUUAACACAAUAAUAUGAAUGGAUAAAUAAAGAAUAAAUCCAUAAACUUA